GUAAUGUUUUCGUUUGACGUUUCGAACAGCCAAAAGUCGACAAUCGCGUUGGAAAAGUUUGUGUUUACGUCACACAUGGUCCCUGUGUCUGCGAUCUUUAAAUAAUUAUGGAAAAUCAGUAUCAAGGAGUAACAGAGAGUUCUAAUAUUUGGAAUAAUUCUGGUUGUAAUAGUGAAGAUUAUAAGAAAGAAGAAACAGACAGGAAUUAUGAUGCUAAAUAUCUUAUUAAAUCAGAAUGUCGAGUUGUUUUGAAGAGAUUGAAUAUUAAAGUAGAGAUUGAAGAUGGUAAAGAAGUCAUUCUCCUUCCAGAUGAAUACAAACACUUAAAUCUUAUCAAGAAGAUUAAUUUCUUCAUUCCCAACAAAACAUUUAACAGAAAUAAAGUGAACGUCCAAAUUAACAAGGAUGAACAGAAUAAAGAACAUCACAUUUCAAAAAGAACAAAGCAUUAUAAAGAUGAGACCAACAGGAAGAGGUUUCGUUUUUCAGUUAAAAACUUGAAUAAAAUACAAUGGAAUAUUAAAAAGAAGUACUUCAAGAUAAUGUGUGCAUUUCAUUUUAAAGAAAAGUUCACAUGUAAUUUAUGUACCCAGCCUUUCACAAAUUACAAAGUAUUAAGAGCCCAUCUGUUCUUUCAUAUUGGAAACAAACCAUUUCAAUGCACAACCUGCAAUCAGAUGUUUUACUGGGAAUUUGUUUUACGAAGACACAACAAAGAACACUACAAUAAAAUGCAAAUGUUACAAAAAUCAUUGGAAGCCAGAAACAUAAGAAUAGUUGAAGACAACGUCACCAAAGUUUUUUAUAAAACCUGUUUUUUAUAA